AUGAUUCCAGCUAUAUCAUUAGCUUAUGAAAAAGGUGAAACUGAUAUAAUGAAAAGACGACCACGAGAUCCAAAACAUGAUCGACUUGUUAAUCAACGUCUUAUAUCGAUGGCUUAUGGACAAAUUGGAUUAAUUCAAGCAGGUGCUGGAUUUUCUUCAUAUCUUGUUAUUAUGGCUGAAAAUGGAUUUUUACCAUCAUGUCUUUUGGGUCUUAGAAAAUCAUGGGAAUCAAUUGAAAUAAAUGAUUUAGAAGAUUCAUAUGGACAAGAAUGGACAUAUGAACAACGAAAACAACUUGAAUAUACAUGUCAUACAGCUUUUUUUGUUACAAUUGUUAUUUGUCAAUGGGCUGUAUUAAUUGUUUUUUUUGAAACUGUUUUAGCUGCAAUUAUAUCUUAUACACCAUACUUAAAUACAGCUCUUCAUACAUAUCCACUUAAAUUUCUUUGGCGGCUUAUUCCAAUACCUUAUUUUUUCUUAAUAUUAGUUUAUGAUGAAGUUCGAAAAUAUAUUAUUCGAAAAGAUCCAGGUGGUUGGGUUGAAAGAGAAACUUAUUAUUAA